AUGGAUCACGGUGAGCAGUCUACAACAGCCGAUUACCAAAAUUAUAGAAGAUCGCCUGCCAUUCACGCGGACUCGACAAGACCCCAGCAGCUUGCUUUCACGCUUCUGGACGAUGACCCGCAGUCAAGCUUCGCCACAGACCUAGUCUCUGCCUCAGCUGCGGCCAUUGAUAAGCACACUCUUCAUGAUGAAUUGUGGACAGGUCACUGGGAUCCGCGGGACUCUCAACCGAAUGGCAUGCAUCUUCCUUCUGUCCCGCUGAAUUCCUCUUUCGCAAAUGGGUCAGAGCAAUUCAUCGGAUGGACCAAGACCUCCCCGCAGUCUCAUGACGACUUUACAGCAAAAGAUGGCUUACUCCUGACUUCUGUUACCACCAUCCAAUCCCACACUACCAGCCCCUCCCCAUCUCUUUUGGGAUCUGUCAGGUCUUCCAAAGUCACCAAGCCAAAAAAGGGCAGAAAUCCGGUGUCCUUGUACUGUCCGUUUCCUUCCGACAAGAAGGAUUUACAGGACUCCAACAGACGCAGACUGAGGGCGCUGACACAGAAAGCGAGUCUUAAUGUGGAGGAGAGGGACGAGUUGAAGAGAUUGAAACGUGAGAGGAUAAUCCACUACCUAGUUUGGCAUACCGCCUCAUUUUGGCUUGAUGCGCUGACUUGA